AUAAAAAGAGAUUUUUGUCAAUGUAAGGUAUCACGCACGUAAUCGAGACAGAUUCGUUGCGAUGAUAUACCAGGUCGGUUAAAAGUCUUUGGGUUUUAAAAAAUUAUAUAUACCAUUAUUAUUCGCUAAUCUUGUAACAUAAAAGUAUAACGACUACAGAAAUAGGGAAAACCGUGUGUUAGAGAGAGAGAGAGCAGCGAGACAAUGUGUAAGAGAGAGAGAGAGACUUCGUUUUUGCGCAUGCGUAAAGUUUCGUUGCGAUGAGCGGGAGCGCUGAUAUACCAGGUCGGUUAAAAGUCUUUGGGUUUUUUAAAAAUUAUAUAUUCCGUUAUUAAUGUGAUUGGAAAUUAGUUUUUUGAGGAUAGCAGAAGAGUGAAGAUCAUGUUAAUCAUUAUAUUAGCUGCAGUACUAUGUCCAGUACUAUGCGUUGUCGACCAACAGUAUGCUAUGAAGUAUUUACACCGGUUCGGGUACGCAAAUGAAAAUGAUUUGACUAAACUUGAGGAUUAUUUGUUGAGUUUUCAAGAAAGAUAUAAUAUCCCUGCAACGGGAGAAUUAGAUGAAAAUACAAUUCAACUUCUAAAUAGACCAAGAUGUAAUGUGAGUGAAGCAGCUUCCGACGAUGAUCAUUCUUUUAGAGUUAAAUCAAAAUGGACAAAAUUUGAUUUGAAAUGGUAUUUCCCUCAGGCAACUCCAGAAUAUCUUAAAGUAACCAAAAAGGCUUUUGAAGUGUGGAGUAAUAGUUCAAAGUUUAAAUUUGAAUUAAUACACAAAAUACGGCCUUAUGCUCCCGAUAUAUCUAUUACAGUUGUACGGGGAAAGCACUAUUUUCGAGCAAAUUGCCAAGGUAGAGGUGAGUGCUCCAGUACAUUUGAUGGGCCCAGAAAGGUGUUGGCACAUGCUUAUUUCCCAAAAGGCAACAGUUGUAUAGAGCUUCAUAUUGAUGCUGAUGAGAAGUGGGAUUUAAGUUUGGAUGGAUCAAGUUCAGAAGAUCAGACUAGCCUACUUAUGGUAUUAAUUCAUGAAAUUGGGCAUAUUUUAGGAAUUGCUCACAGUGAUAUUGAGACAGCAAUAAUGUAUCCAUGGUAUCAAUUCAACAUUGCUCCUAAAUUAGAUGAGAAUGAUAAAAUGGCCCUUGAAGCUCUUUAUGGGCCAAUCAAUACAUAUGUAAAUAAUCCUUUCAAACCCACAUCAGCGCUGCCACCGACUACAAAGACACUUGCACAUCAACCAAAUGAACCGGAUAAAAAUUUAUGCGACAUAAUACCGGAGUAUAUGUUCAUUGCCAUGGCUGGUGAAUUUGAAAAUUACCAUUUAUAUAUUAUUAAUGAAAAUUCCCUAUGGAAAAUUGAUUUGAAUUCGAAACUUAUUCCCUCGCAACCAGAAAUACUCGAUGAUUAUUUACCUGAAGAAGUGGGUCCCAUAAUUCACAUUUUUCAAAGUUCUUCAGAUAAUUUAAUAGCAGUCAAUGACCGUAAAUACUAUGUAGCAGAUUUUCCCGCUCUACAAAUACUUGAGGAAAAUAAUUUAAUUAUACCUAAGAAUUCUCAAAUAAACACAAUGUUUCAAAGCAAUCAUGGGAAAAUAUAUGUAUUUUAUAAUAACAGUAAUUAUAUUGAAUUUGACAAGAACUUGAAAACUGUUCGGAAUAGAGGACAAAUAAAAGAUAUUUUCCCUGGACUACCCACAGAUGUUACAGGAGCAUUCCAGUACAUUGACGGACACAUGUACUUUUUCAAAAACACCACAUACUACAAAUAUAAUGAGUUUACCAAAAAACUUGUUGCAGCCGGACCCUUUAAUUGGAACGUGUUCGAUAUUCCAUGUCCAAAUGGAGACCUUUUAAAUCAUCUCAAAAUUUUAUUAACAAAAAUAAUUUCUUUUUAUCAAUGAUGUUGUAUAUUUUGAAAUAAACUCUUAUUAAAAUUUUUUUCGGGAAAAUUCCCGAACGCCAAUCUUAAGAUAACUUUUACCUAUUAAUAAGAAAUUUUUUGAUAACGCAGGAAAUUGAUAAGAAUAAUCGGAAACCAUAUGGACCACAUUUACAGGAAAUUACCAAAUUACAAAAUUGUCGCAAAUAAAAUAUUUUUUCUAGAACAUUCUAUCACAAUCGUAUGGAGAUAGUGACAUGAGUAUAAAUAAGAUUUUGCAUUGUAUUGGAGUCGGUCUCUUCCACUGCCAGCAAGAGAAAAACCAGCUCUGAAGAACAAAUACUAGUAUCUGUUAAAAAAUUGUGCCUUAACAAAAAAAAUAUGGAUUUAAAAAAAAUUAACGCAACGUCUCUAAUUACAGAGAGAAAACCAAUAACAAAAAUACAA